CACGGUUCACCAACCCAUACAGGAUAAAGUUGUCUUGGACAUUAGGAGUUCCCUGUUGAAGGCCUAUUGGAGGUGAGGGGCUACCUCUGGCCCACUGCUUUCGUCAGGAAAGACAGCGAAAAAAAAACUCUCUCCGGUCACGCCAACUUUCCAGCGCUUUCUCGUACACGUUUCGCCUAGGGAGACGAGGGAAAGAUGCGGCUGAUAACGCACAACAUGCUCAAGUCCAACAUCAAGGGGGUCGAGUCAGGCUAUCCGCUGGGUAUCGAGGUCGUCAAGAUGGAGGAGCAGGAGCUGGAGUUCAAUCCAGAUUUCAUCCGCAACAUGCUGGCCAAGCUGGAAUGGGAUGCGUUCAGGGCGGCCGCGACUGCUCUCGAAGCCGGGGGGGAAUUGCCUGAAGAGGUGACAGAGGAGAUGAAAGGAGACGAGGAGGUGUUGCGAAGAGUUCAUCAUGCCCUCAUGGAGGUGCACCUGGUAGAGGGCGAGCUCGUCUGCCCCGAGACGGGCCGCAAGUUUCCCGUGAGACAAGGCGUGCCCAACAUGCUUCUGCAUGAAGACGAGAUAUGAGGCGGGACACGCGCUUCGCAAGGGGGACGGUGGAGAGACGUCUCGACCACGGAAAAUCGCAAGAGGGUUGAUCAUUUCCCCCCUGCGUUGGAGGCCGCAGCGCUGCAGGGGAGGAGGGAGCAAGGGGGGGGGGACGACUGCCGGGAUGUUUGUGCUUCC